AUGGACAGAGGACUGCGGCCAACCGUGUUCAUGCUGCUGCUUCUGUGUCCCAAAGGCGCCAUCUUGUCCCACUUCAACUGUCCGUUCAGAUGCCAAUGUUUUACGCCAGCCCAAGUCCUGUGUGCUGAUGAACACAUGACAUCGGUGCCCAAGAACAUAUCCCGGGAAGCCGAGGAAGUCAUCAUCAUGACAUCAGCCGUGCAGUACUUGUUCUCCGCUGCCUUUGAGGAGAGUCCCCAACUCCGCAAGCUGAUCUUCUUGAACAAUGCACUGAAAAGUAUUCAUUCUCGGGCUUUUCAAAACCUGUCGGCGCUUCAAGAACUGGAGAUCAGCGGGAACCCUUGGCUGGAACAUUUGUUUCUGGGGACUUUUUCCGAGCAGGAAAACCUGACCAAGCUGCAGCUCAACUACAACAAGUUCCACACUGUUCUUCCCGGCAUGUUUAAUGCUCUUCGAAACCUAGAGACCUUGGAGAUCAAGGCCAACAUCAUCUCCGAUUUACCCGCGUUAUUGUUUCGGAACCUUCGCAAUCUGCGCACCUUGGAUUUAUCUCUAAAUAAAAUCCAGAAAGUGGAAGGAGAGACUUUUUCUGGUUUGACCGCGCUGGAGGUUCUCAAAAUAAACAACAACCACAUUCGCAAUAUUUCAUCGGACACGUUCCGUCACGUGGCUCACCUGACGGAGCUCCACUUGGAAGGGAAUACAAUAUCAGAACUCGCUGACGAGAUCUUUUCUGCGUUGCCCAAACUGAAGGUGCUCAACCUCCGUGGGAACCGCCUGGUCACUUUUAGCGACGACGUAUUUGCACGGGAGGCUUCGAAUCUGACACAUUUGGACCUGAGAGGAAACAGGCUGACACAAGUGUCCUCUCUCAGUACGCUGACAUCCCUGACUGACCUUUUCUUGUCAUCCAAUCAGCUUUCAGGGCUCCCCGAAGACAUUUUUCGAAACGUCACCUCGCUCGAGAACGUGGAUCUCUCGGAAAACAAACUCGCAUCGUUGCCGGAGAGGAUCUUCGCCGAGCUCAAACGCGUCAAAAUGAUCCACCUCCACAAAAACCGGCUGAGUAGGUUGGAGUCCAAAUUGUUUCAGGACCAGGAGUUCAUUCAGCAACUCUACCUGUCUGAUAACCAACUGAAAAAUCUCCCGCUGGGUCUCCUGGACCACUUUGCACUCCCGCACAUGUUACGACUCCACGGGAACCCUUGGCGAUGUGACUGCCACAUGUGGUAUUUGCAUGAUUUCGUGCUGAACAACAACCAGGGCGUCGAGGCGCCGGACAGGAUGUUGUGCGAGAGUCCCGACUUCCUGCGGAGGCGACCGCUGGCGUCCAUCGGCAGGGACGAGCUUCUGUGUCGUUUGCCCGAAGAGGAGAUGACCGACCUGAGCGGCUGCACUCUUCGCAAGUCGAGCGACUCACUGGUCAUCAAGUGCAAAGUGGAGAAAUGCUCUUCCCCGUUGACUGUAAAAGUUGAGUUUUUGGAGCGCAACGGCAGUACUCAGGAGCACGUUUGGAAAAGCGUCCAUUCGCAGUGCAGCGAUGUGACGAUAUCCAAGGCUGCGAUGCCAUAGAUCGCAAUUGAUUUCUUUUCGGACAAACAUUUGUGAGGGGUUGUCAGAUGCGUUCGGACCGUCGAUCAAUUCUGCAAAUAAACUAAGCAGAUGAUUACCAGCAUGUAGGGUUGGAUGAACCUUUUUUCCUUUUUUUUUUGGUUUUGUUUUGUUUGGACGGUUCAAAGGUUCAGCAUUCGCUGUCUCGCUGUGAUGAUGUCAUCAUCGAAAGGAAAACGUUAAUCAUCCAUCAACAUGUACAGUCCCAUGUACACUAGAACAGUGUUUCCCAACCUUUAUUCAGCUAAGGCACAUUUUUUUACCUUUU